UACAGUGUGUGGUUGAGCAUGCGAGCUGUGUAAGAGCAGGAAGCACAUGCAGUGUGAGUGAGGAUGACGGAAUGAGGUGUGUGUAGGUGAAUCCGAUGGACUUCUACAUAUUAACGCCUUCAUUUGCACUGCUUUGUGGGAAAAUAAACACUGUGCCAUAAUGUCGAGUGGACAGGAGUCAAUGGGUGACUUGAUUCCCCCAGACAUGCUGGAGAUCUUUGCCCAGGAGCGACAGAGUAAGCGGGGCAAAAGGACCAGAAGACGUGGUUCAAUCAGCAAAGCGUUCACAUGGUUUAAGAUACGUCGCCGAAAAACCCAGCGCCUAAAUAAAGAAGUGCACAUAGAGCUACUGACACCUGGAUCACCUGUGGAGAUUCCACUGCCACCACCCAACAAAGCCUCUAAAGUAGAGUCUGAGCCCACCCUGCCUGUCCAGCAUUUCCAAGAAAAUGUGUUUAUUGAAGGAGAUCGUCCAAAAUACGUGCAGGAUUUGAUGUCGGAGGCUCGGGAAGGCCUGAAGUACCUACAGCAAAACGAAGAUGGAAAUGGGCUGGACUUUCAAGAUGACCAAAGUGUCAUUUCAUCAGUAACAGCUCGUACUGAUGAUACGAGCUUCAGUGAAUUAAGGAUGUCUGAGUCUGAAUUCUCUGCGGCCGAUACCAUCUCCACACGCUCCAUGCGUUCCACACGUUCUUCUGUUUCCUACCAAUCUGCACGCUCUGGACUUACCCGUCAAGGUUCAUCCUUUGGGCCUUUAAAAGAGGACAGAAAACAUGGAAAGAGGUCCAAGGUGAGAAGCAUGGGUGUAGCUCCAGGAAUCCCACGGCAUGUACAGAAAGAACUUGGGCUUGACCGAGCUGCAUGGACAGCAUCCCAGUUCACCAGUGCACAACUGUCCAGUGGAGGUGUUAGUAUAUCCACUGUCGUUCCCACUCUAGAAAGUAUAUCAGUUGCCUCAGAACUGGAUGGGGCACUGGAGCACCUGCAGAAUAUGAAUAGCCUUGAGCCACAACUUCAAGCAGAAGGACAAAAGUGUGACCUUGCCAAUAUUCAGCAUUUUCUACCCCAGUCUUUGGAUCCACAAAAACCUGGUUCACUUGGUGUUCCCUGGGUAACCACAUCAGACAAUUGUCCUCCCAGCUCAGUGAUGUACGUGUCUCCUGAGGCUAUGUAUAAGAACCAGAUGAUUUACAAUGCAUACCUUCCUCCUUCUGUUGAUGUCGUGGAGCUCAAGCGCAACAGAAGUCGCAGCAGUGUUCGCAUGGUAAGCAAGAGCAGCCUGGCAUCAGCCAGCCCGGCUCCAUCAAGAGCUUCAUCAAGGGCAUCCUCACGAUUCUCGUCACGACCCUCAUCAAGGUUUUCCUCACGGCUUCAUUCACAGGCCUCUUCCUAUAGGACUGGUCCCCUGUCAGAGGGCUCUUUAUGGAGUAACUCCGGUUCAUCUGAGACAUUGAUCUCAGACUCAUCCACCAUUUCCAACAGCAGCAAUCCCAGACUGGGCAGCAGAGAAAGCCAGAGAGAGGAUGGAGAAACCCAUCUUAAUGUUAACAUAAAUCAACCUAUCCACUUUAAUGGUGGUAACAGACAGGGGGAGACCUUCGUGAAGUCAGGAACCACAGCGCAGUUCAGUCGCAGCCUUUCUGUAACAAAGAAAAACAAGAAACCACCACCUCCACCAAGGCGGUCUAACUCAUUGCACACACAAAAUUUUCUUAAGAGUCAGAAAACGAAAGCUGGUGCUGGUUCUGUAGAAGAUACAUCAGGCUCAAAUGGGUCAUUAAAAGUUGUAUCACCAUACAGUGCUUACAUAAGUUCAUCUGCAGGGGGGAAACCCAUUUCUCACACCAAUGGAAAAAGUCACUGGACUAAACUUAAGGAGUCCCUACCAUAUGUACAAUCUCUUGCUGCUAAGGGCACUGUUCCCUCUCCAUCGUUAAUAGCUCUAAUGGCUCUUCUCGACAUUCCAGAUCCUCCUCAUGUGCUAGCUCCUCAAGCACCACCUCCUGAGACAUGGGCACACAACCAGCGCACCUUUCAUCUACUGUGUGGAUCUGGACCUGUCAACCUUGAGCACUGGGCCCAAAAGAGAGGGCUAAAGAUUGAAAUUUUUAAGACAGUCAGUGCACCCAACCUAACUCGGCCAACAAAAUGGAAUGGUGCCAUUGUGUCAUCUAAACCAGUUAAGGGGACACUUCAAGGAUAUCCACCUUUGAAUGGCAUGAAAGAUAACAGUAAAGCACCUAACAAAAAACUGAUAACUCAAAGUCAAGAAGCUAAAAUCUCUGAUAUCCAAAAUAGGACUCCUUUAACAAAGGUGUCUUCUGAUGUCCUGCCUAAUUAUGGCAAGACUGUAUCGUUGUCCUUACUUACCAGAGUCUGUCCAACCCCUACUCCUCCACCACCACCUGAACAUAUACCUCCUUUACCACCAACAAAUCAAGUUAAAGAUAUAAAUGAAACUGUAUCUGCUCAAAAAGUAGAGCUCAGAGCACCUUCUGAAGAGCUUAUAUGCCCCCCUCCACACCCUUUGUUUCCACCUCCUCUACCUCCUGGGAAAAUAGCCUCUCCACAUCUUUUAUUUGGGCAGGAUAAAACUGACUUUUCAUUUGCAAUACAUAAAAUUCCACCUCCUCCACAAGGGAUUCCACCUCCUCCACAAGGGAUUCCACCUCUUCCACCUGCUGUCAUUCUGCCUCCUCCAUCAAUUAUUCCGCCUCCUCCACAGGUGAUCCCAACUCCUCCUCCACCAGUGUUUCUGCCCCCUCCACCAACUGUCCCACCUCCUCCACAGGUAAUCCCACCUCCUCCACAGGCUAUACCACCACCUCCAACAGAAAUUCCACCUCCGCCACAGGCAGUCCUAUCUUCUGCAGCUUUGUCUACUCCAAAAGUAACACAGGAAGUAUCUUCAAUGCAAAGUAAAAUCACUUCAACAGCUAACAUUCCUCCCCCACCACCAUUACCCACUGAUAUAAAAAAAGAGGUUAGAGCAAUUAUAACAGACCAACAGGAGAAGCAUCAGCGACCACCGACUCCCCAGAAUGUUGCUGCAAAAGAGGAAUCUCCAACCCCAGUGGUCACCCAAUCCCUCUUACAGAUGGUUCGUCUUAGGUCGGUUAGGUCUAAUCAACAAAGCAAUCAAGAGGCACCUCCAAAGCCAAUGAGAAGAUCUCUAAUUCUGAGUGAUACCUUAUUGUCUACCGGUGAUUUAAAAGAUAAUUCUCAACUUAUUGCAUUUACUCAAGAGGUUCACGAUACACCACAGGUACAACCUCAGCCUGCAGCUUUUGAGCCAACUACUGCUAAACCCAAUGGCCAGACUAGCAGCACUGAUCAAGAAACUCAAAAUACAAGCACUGAUCCAAUCAAAGAGUCAAAGCCAGCAGAUCCAACACCAACCAUUUCUGGAGAGGAAAAUAAAAAUGCAGCAACUGAAGAAUUAGUGAUGCCAGACGUAGAACCAAAGGAUCAGCUAUCCAUCAUCGACUUGAAAGCCAAGAGUAAUGAGCCAGAACUUCAAAAUGGCUCUAGUAAAAUUGAAGACAAACCAAGUACAACCUUGCUACAGUCCUCACCAAAGCCCCAAACUUUGAUCCUUACAUCUCCCAAACUCUCCCCUACUCAAAAAAUGCCUCCAGCUAGUAUUCCACCAUCAUCUAUGCGUCUUCAGGAAGCAAUUCGUCUGAAGACAGCUGCCAUGUCUUCCAAAGACAAUCAAUCAAAGCGCCUGAGUCUGCAUUCUCCUCCACCAUCAGUUGGUGGAAUCUCACCCACAUCCACAGCAAACUUUAUCUUCUCCAAGAGCACAAAAAAGGUGGUAAUAGAAACAGCGUCAUCUCCAGAGGCCCAAGCAGGUUUGCGAAGGACCUUGGUGUCCGAGUUAGCUUCUGUUUCUCAAACAACCAAGCCUCCUGGCUUGCAGACUAAAAAUACCAAAGUGCCUCCUCCUGUUGCUAAGAAACCUAGUAGCAAGAGUGAAAAUACUGACAAUCCCUCAGAGACUGAGAGUAAUGCUGACACUGAGCAUGUGCAAACUGCUGGCCAGUAAGCCCUGCCCAAGAAAGAGGAUAAAACAUCAGGAGUUUUAUUUGAACCAAAUUCUUAUAAGACCUUAGUUUAGGACUGUGGAUUUCAUGUGUUAAUUAUUUGGUAACAUAAAACGAGUAACCUGAAAUUUUGCAAUUAAUUUAGAUUUCAUGGACAUUAGUUUCAGCUGUUAUGAACGGAAACAUUCUAAUGAAAUGUUAAAUUUGGCUGCAGUGUGAAGGACAUCGUGUCGGAACUUAAUGCAAAUGAAGCCAUUGGGACUUUAAUAACUUAAAUCAACAAUAACUUAAAAACAAACGGUCAAAAGAAUAGGACUUAAUUACAAAUGAAAUUGAGAUGCUGAAGUUGAAGAAAUGAAUGAGAAAAAGAGAAAGUGGAGCUUAAAGAAAGAAUUAAGAAAGGUUCAAGACAGUAACAGCAAAAGAUUGCUGGUCAAUUCCCUUUGUAAAAAAGAUCAUGGAAAUUCAUAGUGGUACACAAUGUUUAUUGCAGUUGAAAUCAGGGUUUUGUGCAAACCACUAAACUAUACUAUAUCCUCAUGUUUAAUACAUAGCAGAAGAGUCAUGCUUGAACAGAAAAGCACCUUCCCAUGCAGUUGUAAGCAUAUAACUGAUUUUAUACCACUGUUAGCAAUGUGUCACUAGUGUCCACAUACUUAUUACCAUAUAGUGUAUAAUUUGUUUUUUAGAUGUUUUAGUUUCUAUUUGAAGCUAAGCGUCACUGUAUUUGCUAAUAUGCAAGUGACGUGCAUAGUGCAGAUCCUAUGGAGGAAUGAAAUGCAAUUAAUGGGAAGGAAAAAUAAAUGAGAAGAAUGGAGAAUAAGGACAUAGCACAAUAUGAUGGACAAAGUAAUGUUAUGAGUAAUGUUUUCCAACAAUAUGUUUGUAAUGUAGUUCAAUAAUGCUUUUUGGGGUUUUGCAGGUGUUGGUGAGUUAUACAUUUAGAUAAUUAAAUUUCAUGUAAAUAAUUACAGACUUAAAGUUCUGCAUGUACAGUUCUAACCUUCAGAACAAAUUUCAGUUGGUCUGUUGACUGGACCUUCCUUAAUUAAGCAUCUUAUAUUGAAUUUUAAUAUAUGUUAGUUCUGUGCACUACCAUCCUGUUUGUAUUUGGGAAGGUGCUUAUUUACAUUAAAUACUUUCUUCACUCUGCUGCAUUGUUAAAACAUUAUGAUUUUUUAACUUAUUGUUACAAAGCAACAAUCCAAACGCUAAAGUUUACUGAUUCAUUUAGUUUAAAUAUUUUCAUUUUGCUCCUUGGUUGUUUUUUUUCAUGAAAUAUUUCACAUAUUUACAGAAAGCAAAUAGCAUGUUUAAAAUAUUAAUAUAAUCAGUUUGCUUUACAGUGGCUUGACUUGUAUUUACAGUGUGCAGAACUGCAGAAAAGUUAGUUUUGUUUUGUUUUAAGAUUUAUCAGAGCAGUAUGUUCAUUUCUGUUAAAUGUCAAAGCACCUUAUCCAUUGAUCACAUGCACACUGGAUUAAAUCUGGUUUCUACAUAACACUAAUAUUAAAUCUGUAAAUACAUCAAACUGUUUUACAAGCAUAAAGUAUAAUUCUUGCCAUGAAUAUCACAAAUGUGAAAAUGGCGUUAAAAACUAAAUAAAUAAACUGUUCUGAUGACUUUUUGUGUCUGUCAGUGUUAACUAAUUUUCUUAAACUCUUCUAAAGCUCUUAAACUUCUCACCAGCUUGUGCUUUAAAUCUUUUUUUUGCAUGUUUAAUCUGUGUGCACUUAAGCAGUUUGUUCUGAUGUAAGUGAUCACUAUCACUGGUGUUACUGUUUUUUUCUCCACUUUUCUACAAACCCCAUUUCCAGAAAAGUUGAACACUGAAUACAAUAAAAACUGUAAUUUGUUAAACUGUGUUAACUUUUAUUUUACUAAUAAAAGUACAAACAAAUAAAUACUAUGUUUUUACUGACAAA